AUGCACGUAGGCAUAGCGCUGUAUGGAGGCAAGGGGGCAGCCGCACCCUUCCAUCUGCCUCCAGCAGCGAAUCUGCACCAUGAGUACGGGUCGCUGGAAUGUACGGUGGAGAUCGUGCCGGACAUUGACGCGGCCAUCCACCACAUCCACACGCACGGCAGCGCGCACACCGACGCCAUCGUCACCGAGGACCAGGAAGCUGCGAAGAAGUUUCUGGCGUCGGUGGACAGUGCGGUCGUGGUGCACAACGCCAGCACUCGCUUCUCCGACGGCUUCCGCUUCGGGCUCGGCGCCGAGGUGGGCAUCAGCACGAGCCGCAUCCAUGCGAGAGGGCCUGUCGGGGUGGAGGGUCUUCUCACAACACGCUGGUUGCUGAGAGGUGCUGGACAGGUGGUCAACAAGGACAAGGACGUCACAUAUACCCAUAAAGCACUUCCUGUGACAAAGGAUGGUGUGGUAUCCAACGGAAAUUAA